ACACAUGAAAGUAAAAAAAAAUAAAAAAAACCCAAGGGUUGGUGAAGUCUGAAGGAGAAGAAGACAAAAGAUGAUGAGGCGUGCUUAACGCUCAUAUCUCUCUUUUAGGUCGAUUUUGUUGGGUUUUGAGAGAGAGAUAUAUAUCGAAAUGGGUGCCUUUGGGAUGCUUUCAAGGAGAACUUUGGGUACGGACUUGCCCGUCAUGACUCAGAUUCGGAAAUUAAUGGCGGAAGUGUCGAACCCUAUGUCUCUCGCUCAGGGAGUUGUGCAUUGGCAGCCUCCUCAGAAGGCCUUAGACAAAGUUAAGGACCUUGUCUGGGAUCCUACUGUUAGUUCUUAUGGACCCGAUGAGGGUCUUCCUGAGCUAAGAAUGGCUCUUCAGACUAAGCUGCGUGAAGAAAACAAGCUAACCAAAUCAGAUGUGAUGGUUACUGCAGGUGCCAAUCAGGCGUUUGUGAAUCUUGUUAUUGCACUAUGUGAUGCCGGUGAUUCUGUUGUCAUGUUUGAGCCAUACUACUUCAAUUCCUACAUGGCCUUUCAGAUGACAGGAGUCACCAACAUUAUUGUUGGUCCUGGCCAGCCAGAUACUCUCUACCCUGACGCAGACUGGUUGGAGAAGACACUCUCUGAGUCUAAACCGACUCCGAAAGUUGUGACUGUUGUGAAUCCUGGUAACCCAAGCGGCACCUAUGUCCCUGAACCUCUUCUUAAGAGGAUUUCACAAAUAUGCAAAGAUGCAGGGUGUUGGCUGAUUGUAGAUAACACUUACGAGUAUUUCAUGUAUGAUGGUUUAAAACAUUGUUGCAUUGAGGGAGACCAUAUUGUUAAUGUCUUCUCCUUCUCAAAAACCUACGGCAUGAUGGGUUGGAGGCUUGGAUACAUAGCUUACUCAGAGAGAUUAGAUGGGUUUGCAACAGAGCUUGUGAAAAUUCAAGACAACAUCCCAAUCUGUGCAGCCAUAAUCUCGCAGCGACUGGGUCUAUACGCAUUAGAGGAAGGUUCUGGGUGGAUAACGGAGCGGGUAAAGGGUCUAGUGAAGAACCGGGAGAUUGUGAAAGAGGCGCUUGAGCCGUUGGGGAAGGAGAACGUCAAGGGAGGAGAAGGAGCGAUUUACCUGUGGGCAAAACUACCGGAGGGACACAGAGAUGAUUUCAAGGUGGUGCGGUGGCUGGCUCACCGCCAUGGUGUGGUGGUGAUCCCGGGGUGUGCAAGUGGGAGCCCAGGGUAUAUCCGGGUAUCCUUUGGAGGGUUGAAGGAGGAAGAAAUGGGAGCUGCGGCGGAGAGGCUGAGGAAAGGAUUAGAGGAGCUGCUUCACCGUGGAAUGGUGGAGUGAGAUGCUCUUAGAAGAUGUGGGUUACUUUGCGUUAAAUGGAAGCUAUCGAUAGUUGUUUCUGAAAAAAAAAAAUAAUAAUAAAAGAGUCUUGUUUGAUGAUUACUCAAUGAUCAAUAGCUGAUAUCUUCUUUACAAUAGUCAUUUGUUACCAAUUGGUUCAUCCUAUUGUUCCUUCACUUUGGUAUUAGUCUGUAUAUACUCUUUACAUAUCCAUUGAAUAUUUUUCUCUUCU